AUGGAGCUUAUGAUUAAUCGAAAGGACGAUUUUGAUCUCGAUGCGCCCAAUUUCCUCGACAUGGUGCUGUCGGACAUGGACUUUGAUCAGGCCUACUCGAUGUACACCACCCUCCAGCAGAAGCAAGCAGUGCUGCUGAUUGAAACUCUUCAAAAGGUGCAACUGUUAAACCAACAGUACGUGUCGGCGGUACCGCCGUCAGCACAAGUGCCGUCGCUGGACUUUUCGUUCACUUUUGACCACCAGGCACCCGAAUACUCGCUGGCGCUGGAAAACUACUCAUUUAAAGCCCCCAACGAGCCGGUGGCUUCCCAGCCGAUGCCUCAUGAACAACAAUUUGACACUCAAUAUGACCAAUUUUUCUCCAACACUGAGCUGGAUGCCUUAGAAAAGUUUUUGGACAAUUUGGCCAAUCCCACGAGUUCUGUGAACCCGAUGGACUUCUACCACCACCGCCCUCUGGCACCUACCAAUGGACUGGAGUUCAACACCAUGUUUGACUUGCACACAAUGAAGCCGACCACGGUGCUGAUACAGCCUCUUACCCCUCCCCGUGUCAAGGAUGAGCUGUUGGCUCCAUUUGAAUACCCGCACACCCUUCCCACACCACACGAUCUGCGCCAGUCGCUGCUGACAGGGGGUGAUCUGCCAAAGCGCCGCCUGGAACCAAGUUCUGACGACGAAGAUGGCCUGCGGAAGCGGCGUAGAACGCAGCUGAAGCCGUUGUUGACAUUAGAACAAAAGCGGCUCAACCACUCGCAUCUGGAGCAGAAGCGCAGAAAGCUUUGUAAGCUUGCUUAUGAACGGUGCCUUCGGUUGAUUAUCGACAUUGAAAAAUUCAAUGCGUUGCCAAACCCCAAACCUGAGGAACGGCCCCUGAAGCUGAAACGAGCUAGAGUUAACAAGGACGGCUUGCCGAACUUGCUGAAGCACCUGGCUUUGAUCCGGAUUUCUAAUGAGAUCAUUACCAUUCAGCAAAAAAAUGAGCAGUUACGCCUGUUGCUCGCCCAAUACCAAUAA